GCUGAUCCUCUGAGCAGGGGGCGUUAUCAUUUUCGACAAAAGGUGAAAAAUUCGAUUACGUUUGUUUGACGCCCAUGAUCGGCAGCUCUAAAAGUUAAAGCGCGUGGGACUUGUUUAUAUUUUAUACACAGAAACUUUGAGGGACGUGGUUUGCCUGUGAUCGUGUAGGGGGGCUCUCUUCUCCAUAUAUUUCGUGUUCCUAGGCGCCUAGCCACUCCUAGGCAACGUUGGUAAUUGGUAGUACUCGGGGAGGCGUUUCCUUUUCGUUUUCCUUGGCGGGUGGUGUUAUUCGAGUGCGAGAAUCUACCUGUCUAAGGAUCAAUUUUUUGUAGAUGGCAAGUCUGGUGCUCUCUGGAAGUGUAAACCUGCGCCACACAGUUCAUCUGGAUUUAAAUAAUGAUCAGAAGUUUUCUUCUCCAGUGUUUGGCACAAAAUCCAAGAAAUUCAUUCAAGGGCAAAACAUAUGGCUACAUGGUGGCUGCAGGUUGUGGAAGGUUCAAGGUUAUGGCCAUCGAGUAUCUUCUUUUCCUAACAAGAAACGUACAGUGAUACAGUCAAGCAUCAGAGAGAAAACAACCAAAUUUUUUGACUUUGUAGUAAUUGGAAGUGGAGUUGCUGGCCUUCGUUAUGCCCUUGAUGUUUCCAAAUAUGGCACUGUUGCUGUCAUUACAAAAGCCGAACCUCAUGAUUGUAAUACAAAUUAUGCUCAGGGUGGUGUAAGUGCUGUUUUAAGUCCUUCUGACUCUGUUGAGAACCACAUGAGAGAUACCAUUGUUGCAGGGGCAUAUUUGUGUGAUGAGGAAACCGUCAGAGUGGUGUGUACUGAAGGUCCAGAUAGAGUCAAAGAGCUAAUAAAUGAGUUUGGUGCAUCAUUUGACUAUGGGGAAGAUGGAAACCUACAUCUUGCAAGAGAAGGCGGGCAUUCUCAUCGAAGAAUUGUUCAUGCUGCUGAUAUGACCGGAAGAGAAAUUGAACGUGCUUUACUUAAAGCUGUUGAUAAUGAUCCUAGGAUAUUUAUGUUUGAGCACCAUUUUGCAAUUGAUCUGCUGACCUCUCAGAACGCCCAGGAGAUUUCUUGUCAUGGGGUUGAUACAUUGAACACUGAAACACAAGAGAUUGUCCGUUUCAUCUCAAAAGUAACCAUGCUUGCUUCAGGCGGAGUGGGGCAUAUUUAUCCCUCAACUACGAACCCAUUGGUAGCCACUGGGGACGGCAUUGCAAUGGCACACCGAGCAAAUGCAGUCAUAUCAAACAUGGAAUUUGUGCAGUUCCAUCCCACAGCCUUGGCUGAUGAAGGAUUGCCUGUUAAACAAGAAAGAGAAAAUGCAUUUCUAAUCACAGAAGCUGUUCGUGGAGAUGGUGGAAUCCUGUAUAAUCAAUCUAUGGAAAGAUUCAUGCCACUGUAUGAUGAACGAGCUGAGUUGGCUCCAAGGGAUGUAGUAGCUCGAUCCAUAGACGACCAACUGAAAAAACGUGGAGAAAAGUAUGUUUUGCUUGAUAUAAGUCACAAGCCAAGGGAUCAAAUUUUGUCCCACUUUCCUACUAUUGCAGCGGAAUGCCUCCGGAGUGGGUUGGACAUAACUCGUGAACCCAUACCUGUUGUCCCUGCUGCACAUUAUAUGUGUGGAGGAGUUCAAGCUGGUCUUCAUGGUGAAACAGCUGUACGUGGACUUUAUGUUGCUGGGGAAGUUGCAUGCACAGGCUUACAUGGGGCCAACCGUCUUGCUAGCAACUCUUUGCUUGAAGCUCUUGUUUUUGCACAAAGGGCAGUGGGUCCUUCUGUUGAUCAUGUUUCCAAGUCAACCCAUGGUCUUGAUCUCAAGGCUUCAAGUAACUGGGUCCGUCCUGAAUUGCCCUUUUCUCUUGGGCAAGACACCCUCAAAGCUAUCAGAAGGAUAACGGGAUCUAUGCGGAAGGAAUUGCAAACAAUUAUGUGGGAUUAUGUGGGAAUAGUGAGAUCAACUCAAAGGUUAGAGAUAGCUGAGGAGAAACUUUGGGAGUUAGAAAAAUCAUGGGAAGAUUUCAUGUUCUGUUCUGGGUGGAAAACUCACAUGGUUGGACUUGAAGUAUGUGAGAUGAGGAACCUUAUAUGUUGUGCAAGGUUGGUUGUUAGUAGUGCUUUGUCUCGGCAUGAGAGCAGGGGGCUGCAUUUCACAGUGGAUUUUCCUUAUGUUGAAGACAGCAAAAGGCUUCCAACGAUCAUAUUUCCUGGGACUUCUGUGAAGGUCACAUGGAGCUCUCAACAGCUCCAUAGGACCUAUUCGUGAGAUAAACAGUUUCUGUUCUGUUCAAUCACAAGUGGGAUAUCCCUAGAUAAGAUGUGAAGGUCUGGCACCCAUAUUUAUUAGAAACAGUUAUGGCAUCUUGUGUUGUCAAGGGAAUACGUGCUUUGCUCCUGAAGUUUAUGAAAACAUUAUUUGUGAUUUUUGUUCUUCGGCAUGACUACUUGAAUAAAAGAGGAGAAGAAGAAAGGCUGAAUGUGAACAGACGUGAAAAAAGAGAGAAAGAGAGAAGAGAAGGUGCAAAACUGUCGGGUUGAUUUAGCAAUUGUAGUUUGUUUUAGAAUAGCAGCCUCGCGAAGCGAGCAAAAUAAAACUUUGAAAGGUGUAUGCUGGUCAUUGUCGUGGUUAUAUUGAAAGUUUACGUUCUUGACAUUGGCCAAUCAUCGAGUUGAACUUUUUAUUCUUGAUUCUUUUGUUGGGCAAUCGUUGCUCUUUUGAGGACAGCCCAACCAUAAAGUUACCUUUUUCUUGUUGGCAGAAUGCCCUUCUUGCCUGCUACAAACAUUUGCUAUUUUCAAUGCAUCUGCUAAUUAUUUUUUA